GUAGAAAGUCCCUGAUAUGGAGCUGCUCGGGACACAGCCAGCUGUCCACAUGGCCCAGAGUGUGGUUUACGCUGACCUGAGGUUUGCCAAGGUGCCCGCGGGACGCAGCACGCCCUGCCAAGCGCUGGAGGCAGCCCUGUGCGAGGACGAGGCGGAGAGCCCCUACGAGAACGUGGAGCCAGCGCAGGCACCCGUGGGUCAGGACAGGCAGGGGUCCCAGCCCAGCCCAGGGCGCUGGCGCCGGCUGCGGUCCGUCCCCGUGGGGCUGCUGGCAGCCUGCCUGCUGCUGCUGGCCGUUGCCAUCGCCCUGGGGCUGUGCUACUGGCAGGUCACCCGCAAGCUGCAGGACACCUCCCGCGCGCACGCGGCCGAGCACGGCCGCCUCUCGCAGCAGGUGAGCCUGCAGGAGCAGAGCCUGCAGCAGACACGGCUGGAGCUGGCGCAGGCCAAAGCGGAGCUGCAGCGCGCGUGGCUGGAGGGCAACAGCAGCGGGCAGGAGCUGGAGCGCUGCAACACGGAGCUGGAGCAUGUCCUGGGGACCCUGAGGUGGACGGAGAGGGAGCUGCAGGAUGUGCAGGGGAAGCUCAGUGCCAGUGAGAGCACCGUGAGCAGCCUGCGCGCCUGUGUGAAUACAGACUGCUGCCCCUCGGGCUGGAUGCUGUACAAGGGCAAGUGCCUCUUCAUCUCGGUGGAGAAGAAGACCUGGUGGGACAGCAAAAGCGACUGUGAAAGUAAAACCUCUCUGCUCCUGGUGCAGGACCCCUGGGAGUCGUGGACACUGCCGGAUUUUGUGGCAGCGCCAGGUGCCCAGUACUGGGUAGGCGCGAUAUAUCCAGAGUGGAAAAGGCCAUUUGUGUGGGUGGACAAGAAGACAUCUAAAACGAUGCCCUAUUACUUUGUCUGUGGAAAAGCACACUCCGGGAAAAUACAGAGUUACUUCUGCUCAGAGAAACUCCCGUGGAUCUGCGAGCAGGCCCCAGAGAUGAGCAGCGCAUCCGACACCCUGUUUCCUCUCCUGGCCAAGGGGUGAUUGCAACUCCCCAGCCCCUCAUUGCAGGACCUGGGAACAGGAUCUCUGGCUGCACUGAGGAGACACCCUCACCCGUGCUGCAAUGCAAGCAUCCAUGCUGCACCUUGCCUCAACCAUGUUGCAAAGCUCUGAGGAGACAGUUUGGGAAAAAGUCUGUAUUUUAAAGCAAGACUUUUGGAAAACAAUUGGCAUUUCCCUCUCUCACACUCAUGCCAGCACUUAUACCCCCUAACACCUGCCCUCCAGCGCCCAGACGUG